UAGUGGUGGAACGUUCUGAGCGGGAGAAGCAAGAACUGGAGCGUCAGAUGUCUGAGCUGCGCACUCAGCUCAAUAGAACCGCCAUCUUGUCUGAGAUAGAAGAACUGAAACGCAGUCUGGACCAAAAGGAUAGAGAGAAGACGGAGCUAUCGGACAAGCUGGAGAUUCUGAUGGCAGACAUGGACAAGAGAGAGCGACAGCAGCUGCGUAUGUUGGAGCAGCUGAAGGACAUCCAGAGCCGCUACGAGACCUGUGAGAGGGAAAGGAGACAGACCGAGAGCCACAAUUCUGAGCUAGGCCAGCAGCUGGAGGAGGCCACCCAGGAGGCUGAGCGGAUCCUGGCUGAACUGCAGCAGGUAGAUGCUCAGCGUCUGGAGGCCGAGAAGAAGAAAGAAGAUCUGAAGUCCAAAGCUCAGGAGAGCCUCAGACACUGGAAGCUGAAGUAUAAAAAGUUGGACCGUGAAAUGGAGAAGAAAGAAGAGACGGUGAAAGUGACAAGCGAGCGCUGUACACAGGUGACGAAGGAGAAGGACGACUUGAAGUGUCAGCUCCAGGCCACCAUACAGCAGGCAGAAAGUCUCCGUAAGGAGUUGGCGGAGGUGCUGGCCAAACGGGCGCAGCAGGAGGAGGAAUUACAUUUGAAGCAAGUACGACUGACUGAGGCCCAGGAACAGCAACUGGACCUGGAGAGGGAACUGGGGGAAUCGCAAGAGCUGGCUGGACGUCUUCAGGGAGAGUUCCAGAGACAGGUGGAAGUCCAGCAACAGCUCCAGGAGGACCGGGAGAGGCUUCAGGAAGAGUUAUUGUCCACUGGCCGGGCCCAGGAGAAGACCAACGACCAAGUACUAGAACUUCAGGAAGCUGUCCGAGAUCUGAGCGCUGCGAGGGCUGAGCUGAGCAGGCGACUGGCACAGGAGGAGAAGGGCAACAAAGAGCUCCGGAGAAACCUUUGUGAGGCCCAGAAACAGGCCGAGUUUGCUCGGGAAGAGCUGAAUUCAGCAGGCAGACAGCUAAAGAUGGAACGGGAUGUACAUCAGCGGGAGGUGACAGAUCUGCGCUCCGCGGCUCAGACUGCGAAGAGCAAACACGAGCGCAACAUGCAGGAAAUGCUGGCACACUUCAGGCAAGAAAGAGAAGAGCUGGAGGGUCACAUCCGCAGCCUGAAGGCCGAGCUUAUCGACACCAAGUCUCUGGGGAAAUCGGAGCGACAACGAGUGGAGAAGAUGAAGGUGGAGUGCGACAAACUUUCAGAGGAAGUGUUGCGGGGUAAAGAGGAGUGUGCCACCCUGAGGUGCAAGUACCAGCUGGCUGCACAGGAUACUGAGGAGAAGAACGUUCUCCAGCUCUACGACCACGGGAGGUCUCUGAGAACUCUUGUCAUAGAUAUUUCUCUAUUGUCCAUCGAAGGACACAGCUCUGAAGAAUUCUGA